GGUGCUUGGCAAGUUUAAAGAUGAAUAUGCUGGCCGAGCGCCACUUGAGUAUGUAGGCUUACGAUCGAAGCUAUAUGCCUGUAGGUGUUACAAUAGUGAUCCAAAUCAGCUGACAAGUGGAUUGAUAAAGAAAGCUAAAGGAGUGAGGAGACCAAUACUUGGGCGAGAACUCUCAAAAAUGCAUCCAGAUGCUGAACGUUACAUAGGCUUCCAAGACUAUCUAGAUUGUCUAUAUGGUGAUGAGGAUAUCUAUAGAGAACAAGUGAUGUUUGGUACUAGGAAACAUCAGAUCAUGACCCAAGUCAUGAGAAAGAAGGCAUUGAGCAAAGCUGAUGAGAAGAGGUAUAUUCUAGAUGAUGGAAUUACAACUCUUGCACAUGGACAUUACAAGAUCCCCACUCUAGCACACAUUGAUGAGGAGGAUGAGGAGGAGAAUGAGGAGGAAGAGAUGAUUGACUCUCAAGAAAUUCCCAAGGUUCAGGCAGCUAGCAGUACUACAACAGCUAAACGGUUACAUUCCUCAUCACAUGAUGAGCUCAUUGAUAAAGUCAAUGAGUCAGGAAGCAGUACUAUCCCUGCUAAACGGUCAUGUCCCUUAUCAAAUGAUGAGCUUGCUGAUAUGAUCAAUGACUAUAAAAUAGAUGGUGAUGCAUCUCAGUAUAGCAUACUGAGAAAAUUGCUUGAAAAGUGACGUCAUACCUCAUGCCAGGAAGUGUCAACAAAUCCACUGUGCAUACAAUCUGCGCACAUGUCUUCACCCUACAUUCACAUCGCAAGACUUUUUGGAAGCGGUCAUCAUCAGUUGAGGUCUUUGCACCGUGCUGUAAAGACGCCGCCCAUCACC